AUGGAAAAAAACACCGCCAUCUCUGAUACUGUGCCGGCUGGCAACCUGAUAGACCCUCAGGUUGCCCAAGUCCUCCACACCGAGACCACCCCCGAAGAAGAGAAGAGGGUUCUCCGGAAGAUUGACCUCCAUAUAAUCCCCGUAAUGGGCCUUUGCUACAUGCUACAAUACAUGGACAAAGUAACCCUCGGCUACACCACACAGCUAAACCUCAUUACCGACCUAAACCUGCAAGGAAGCGAAUACAGCUGGUGCUCGUCCGUCUUCUACUUCGGGUACCUAUUCUGGAGCUGGCCGAGCAGUUACAUCUCCGUCCGGUUCCCGAUCGGGAAAUACCUAGGGCUCUCGGUUGCGCUAUGGGGUGUAGUUCUCACGACCCACGCCGCAUGCACCAAUUUCGGCGGCCUGCUUACAGCGCGUUUCUUUUUGGGUGUUACGGAGGCGGCUGUUGCGCCUGGGUUCUCGCUUAUCACGGGGAUGUUCUAUAAAACGCGCGAGCAGCCGAGUCGGAUGGCGCUGUCGUUUUUGGGGAAUGCGGUUGCGAAUGUUGUCUCCGGGCUGAUUGCGUAUGGGAUCGGGACGAUUGACUCGCAUAUUGCGGCGUGGAAAUUGCUCUUUAUUAUCCUGGGUGUUGUGACGAUUGCGUAUGGUGUGUUUUUGGUGUUUGUGCUGCCGGAUUCGCCGUCGAAGGCGUGGUUCUUGACUUCUGCUGAGAAGAAGAUUGCCCUUCAUCGGACGGUCGAGAAUCGGACGGGUGUUAUGGAUGAAGGGGAGUUUAAGGUUGGGCAGAUGCUUGAAGCUUUGACGGAUCCCCAGGCUUGGUUGUUGGUGGGAUAUAGUGUUUGCCAGAAUAUCCCAAACGGCGGAUUCAGUUCGUUCAGCAGCAUCAUCAUCAACGGCUUCGGCUUCAGCCAACUAAACUCGCUGCUCCUUUCUGCACCAGGCGGUCUUUUACAAAUCGGCGCCAUCGGCUGCAUCUGCUGGGCGAAUACGUACGUUAAAAAGAGCCGGAUUAUUACCAUGAUUGUGGUGAUCCUGUUCGCGCUCGUGGGGGUGAUAUUGAUGAAUGCACUCCCUGAUUCGAACCGCUGGGGCCGAUGGGUUGGGAUCUUCCUGCUGGGCCCCUUUGCAACGAGCAUCCCCAUUUCUCUGAGCCUGAUUACGUCCAAUGUUGGGGGAUUCACAAAGAAGGCGACUGUUUCGGCAAUGCUGUUUGUGGCAUAUUGUACGGGGAAUAUCAUCGGGCCCCAGCUGUUUCUGGAUAAGGAGGCGCCGAAGUAUACUACUGGACUUAAAGGCGUCCUUGCUGGUUUCGCCCUGGCUAUAUUCUUCUUGGUAUUGUUGUAUAUCUACUACGAGUGGGAGAACCGACGACGAGACAGGAAGCACGGUGCAGACAACCAUGCCACCGACUAUAUCACGGAAGAUUCCCUGAAUCUCACAGACAGACAGAUGCCGUCGUUUAGGUAUACACUGUAG